UGAAAGCCUAUCCACUGCCUACAUCGAACUUUGAACUCUCGAAACUUCAUUCUUCUUACUACAAAAAUAUCCUCUUCCCCCUUUCAUUUCCUUCAACUUCUUCUAUCAAACAGUUAGUGAAACACACUCCAAAUUCCUCUCUAAACCCAUGGCCACCGCCGGAGCCGUCAACAGAAUUCCGCUGAGUUUAAAUGGUGCCAUUGCUGGGCCUUCAGUUCAAAGCUCUACUUUCUUAGGCAGCAACUUGAAGAAAGCCAACUUCAGAUUUCCCAAUUCAAAGGUCUCCUCAGGAAGUAGCUUCAAGGUAGUUGCUGUUGCAGAGGAGAUUGAUGAAAAGAAACAAACUAACAAGGAUAAAUGGAAGGGGCUUGCUUUUGAUAUAUCUGAUGAUCAACAAGACAUUACCAGAGGAAAAGGAAUGGUUGACUCACUCUUUCAAGCUCCUACUGGAGCAGGAACUCAUGAUCCUGUUCUUAGUUCUUAUGAAUAUUUAAGUGCUGGACUUCGUCAGUACAAUUUAGACAACGAUGUGGAGGGUUUUUACAUUGCUCCUGCUUUUAUGGACAAACUAGUGGUUCAUAUCACUAAGAACUUCAUGAAACUUCCCAACAUCAAGGUUCCUCUGAUUUUGGGUAUCUGGGGAGGCAAAGGUCAAGGAAAGUCCUUCCAAUGUGAGCUUGUCUUUGCCAAGAUGGGAAUCAACCCCAUUAUGAUGAGUGCAGGAGAAUUGGAGAGUGGUAAUGCAGGAGAACCGGCAAAAUUGAUUCGACAGAGGUACCGUGAAGCAGCAGACAUAAUCAAGAAGGGGAAAAUGUGUGCCCUCUUCAUCAAUGAUCUCGAUGCAGGAGCUGGUCGUCUCGGUGGCACUACCCAAUACACUGUGAACAACCAGAUGGUCAAUGCUACCCUCAUGAACAUAGCUGACAACCCAACCAAUGUCCAGCUACCUGGAAUGUACAACAAAGAGGAGAACCCUCGUGUUCCCAUCAUUGUGACGGGUAACGACUUCUCGACGUUGUAUGCUCCUCUCAUCCGUGAUGGUCGUAUGGAAAAAUUCUAUUGGGCACCUACUCGGGAAGAUCGAAUUGGUGUGUGUUCAGGAAUCUUUAGGAGCGACAACAUUCCCAAAGAAGACAUCAUCAAGCUUGUUGAUACCUUCCCUGGCCAAUCCAUUGAUUUCUUUGGUGCCCUAAGGGCAAGAGUAUACGACGAUGAAGUGAGGAAGUGGGCUAGUUCAGUCGGAGUAGAGAAUAUCGCUAAGAAACUUGUCAACUCAAAGGAAGGACCACCAACAUUAGAGCAGCCAAAGAUGACCCUAGAGAAGCUCCUCGAGUAUGGAAACAUGCUUGUUCAGGAACAAGAGAAUGUGAAGAGAGUCCAAUUGGCUGACAAGUACUUGAGCGAGGCCGCUCUUGGAGAUGCCAAUGAAGACGCCAUAAAAAGGGGCACAUUCUAUGGCAAAGCCGCGCAGCAGGUGAGUUUGCCUAUUCCUGAAGGAUGUACAGACCCAAAUGCAGAUAACUUCGACCCAACAGCCAGGAGUGAUGAUGGAAGCUGCAAUUAUGUAUUUUAGGUUCCUUUUUAGUUGUGAAGUGGAAGGUCAUUUUCCACUCAUGCUUAAUUAGGAAAAUACUGUCUCCUGUUUGUAUGAAAAUAUCCACCGGUUAGCUUUACUCUAUGCUUUAAAGUUGGUGUGGGGUUUCAGUUCUUA